AUGCAGCUGCAGGAACAACUGUAUGAAGGCCUACCUUCUAAUGGCGCUCACAGUGAUGACAAAGUUCGGCGUCGACCUUUCGGACAGAAUCUCCGAAACCGCUUGAACACCAUCGUCAGUAUGUACAUCCCAUCUCAAGCCUCAGUCGAACGAAAAAAUGAUGAAAGUACGUGUGAACAUGCAGAACUUCUUUCUGCAACUGAUGCCAAAGUCGACCUUGCGCCAAAAAUGUUCGACGAACUUUACUCCAUACAGCUUCUGUAUAGUGGUGAAGACCUUGUGCGAAGUAUCGUUGAAGGGAUAGGUACACCCAUGUCAACAUCCACAGGGACAACACGAAAAAUCACCUCUAUUGCUGCUGACGAUCAUACACUCUAUGCAUGCCUGGAAGAACUACCUUAUGUGUUUUUGCUUAAGGCCCACCUGGAGUCGCAAGUGUGUGAACUGGAUGGUACAUUACGCCGCAGGGAACUUAGUCCAAUAAAAGGAUAUAUCCAGUUGCAUGUACCAGGCAUUGGUGACCUUGUGCCGCAGGAGUUAUCCGUCUAUUCUCCCACUCCUGAAUCAACCGUGAUGUAUAUCGUUGGAUGGGUGAGAAUUAUUGUAGACCCCAAGAACUACACUACCGAGAAACGCUGGUUGCUCGCCAAGUUCUCACUCGCUGGUCAACAUCUGGCACGUACUCCUGUUUAUUCUUAUCAAAGAUAUUCUGGUGUUGCCAUCGAUACGCAUGACGGAAGUUUACUUCUUGCUUUCCCACAACUUAAGGAGCAGAGCACAAACAGCCAUGACUGUACCACCGCGCAACUUUGCAAACUCACUCAAGGAUUCGAAAGGAGGAUAUUUUCCGUAACAAUGGGUAAUAAUGUGGCUACAUACAGACCGGAUUUUGUCUCUCAAGAAUCCGCUGGUCGUUUCUGCUGGGCAUCCGUUCAACGAACUCCACGGUCAGAUGGAACUCAGGCAACAAAUGAACAGGUGACCAGCACUUCAAGACGGUUGUUUUCCUUCCCUGGCAGACAACUGGAAGGAGGAGAGAAGAAACAAAGUGCCCGUGAAUGGCUUCAAGUUAUGUCUUGGGAUUUUGCAGAUUUGACACCGGGUCGGAUUGUGGCCUUUGAUGCUGAUCGUUUGUUAGUCGUUGACGCCAACACUGGAUCUCUGUCCUAUGUAACUUGGCAACAGGGGCAUGAUAGACCAACCCUUCACCGAAUAACACGUCCCCAUUCAAAACCUAUCAGUUUGAUUUGUUCCAACUACAAGGUAGCACAUGGAGAGCAAGAAAUAGUUUCCAACAUAGCUUACUUUGUUUCCGGCUCAAGCAUUUAUUCCUUCUCGUUUCGGGAGGAUUAUGUCGCAGAA